GAAAUGCCAUCACAAUGCUGAUUGGCCAACUCUAGUUCCGAUUGCCCAGCUGGUUUCGUUCUGAUUUGUGAUUUUGAUUACAAUUUGUUAUGUCUUGGUCAAAUAAUUUGGUGAAAGAAAUUGUAAACUCCAAAAACCACAUUAUCGUCACUGAACUAGCCGUAGUCAUUGCGGACAAGUUCCCAAAGGCUCGGCAUCACUAUCUAGUGUUGCCCCUUGCCGAUAUUCCCAGUAUAUUCCAAUUGAACAGAAGUCACCUGUCAUUGUUAAACGAACUGCAUUUUUUGGCUCAUAACGUUGUGGAAGUGAAAGGCGCAUGCUGGGACGAUUUUCAAGUGGGAUUUCACGCGGAGCCUAGCAUGCAAAGGCUUCACUUGCAUGUAAUCUCAAAGGAUUUUGUGUCGCCCUGUUUGAAGACCAAAAAGCAUUGGAACAGUUUCAAUACCGACCUUUUUGUUCCUUUCGAAAAACUUGUUGCCCAAGUGGAGAAGGACAAUUGUUUCACUCGCUUCCCAAAAAGCCUGAAGGACGACCUGUUGGCCACCCCGCUGCUUUGUAACCAGUGUAAAUUUAUAGCUCCCAAUUUACCAACACUUAAGGAACAUUUGGCGAAGCAUCUCGAAGACCGCACACAAAAAUCGCAGAACUAUAAUUUAGAAAAAAUGGCAAAACACGACCCAAAGGACUAUUUUCGUGACGAGCUAUCACGUAAACUAAAAGACAAAAAGAAUUUUAUAAUUGAAAGCGAUCGGGCAGUGGUAAUCAAGGCGGACUUCCCAAAGUCGCAAUAUCACUUCAGAGUUGUGGCCAAAGAAGAAUUACGGGAUGUAACUCAGUUAAAUGGGGAUCAUUUGCCUUUGCUGGAUCACUUAAUGGACCUGGCCCAUGAAGUAAUCGAGAAGCAGGACCAUUUGGAACCGCACCACUUUCGCAUCGGCUUCAAAGUUAAUACCUUUUGGAACCGCCUUAACUUACACGUCAUCUCAGAUGACUUCUAUUCGGUGGCCAUGAAACGUGUUCGCCACUGGAAUAGUUUCAAUUCGGAGUUAUUUAUGCCCUUUCAUGUGGCCCACAUGAUGCUAAGCUUGCAGGGCUCCAUUGAUCCCAUUUCAGAGGAGAAGUGCAAAGAGCUGCAGCUGAAGUUACCAUUGCACUGCAACCAGUGCGAGUUUGAAACAAAUUUACUGCUGGAUCUAAAGUUUCACCUAUUUCAGCACUGGCAGGGUAGAGAAAGAGAGUGGAAACAAAAGAAAAAUCUCGACAAGAUUUUAAAAAUGUUGGAAACUACCAGCGUCAGUGAGGACGCAACUUCGAAUGCUUCUGAAAUUGGAAAGGAGUCGAUUGAAAUGCCGCAAAAACCAUUAGCAACCCCACUGCACUGCCAAGCCAAGGAUCAGGCUGCGAAUGGCUAUGCAGAAUAUGUUUCCGGGCCACCGGUAAACAUGAUGAACAUUCAAAAUCCCAACAACCCAUUCCGGAACACACCACCGUUGAACAUUAAACCAUUGGCUUCGCCGCAACCAAACCAUUCAGGAAACCACAUGGCACAUGGACCUAGGGGGGCUUUUUUUAAGCCACGUGGAAAUAUGGCACCCCGUGCACCACGGCCCAUGUGGAACGCUCCUAGGGGUCCACAAAAUCACCAACGUAACUCCUUCAUGCAUCCGGGAAUCAAUGGAUUCGGGGCACCAACGCAACAUCAGGGUUAUCAGCCAGUAGGGCUUGGACAAGCUCCAAUGUUUGGUCAACCAAUGGGAAUGAGACAUCCGGGUUUCAACUCGUUCCGACCGCCUCCACCAACAAACUAUCUAGUCCACCCCACACCUCCUAAUCAGACUAGUGUGGUUAGUCAAGUUGCUUUAACUAGUCAAGGGGCAAGACCGAAAUGGAAUCCACAAAAUGCGAAUAAUCAAAACCGGCAGGCGCCAACACCAAACUCAAUUUCAAAUCAGGGCAAUCCCACCGAGAAAAAUCUUCAGAAUCCGAAUCAAUCAAAUCGGCCAUAUCAGAAUAAAACAAAUAAGAAAUCAAAUAAAAAUAAACCUCAAAAUCCCAAUCAAAAAUCGAGCCAACAAAAACCAAACUCUAAUGUCAAUCAACCUGCCCAGACUCAAGGAGUUUAGGAUCCAACAACUUCAAGUCAACCAAACCAAAACAAAAAUGCCUAAAAGUUCUUCAUCAUUUUUUUUCAGAUCAUUGCACAUAAUUUUAAAACAUUUGAGUCAUGUCUCUUAAAAAUAUGAAUCAAGCUAGAAGCUUAAAAAAUUGUUUUGCCACGAUAUGCAGAGCAUUAAAUCGGCUUAAAUUUCAUAAAUAUUAUUCAAAUACCCCAAACAUAUUAGACUACAAAAUAACAUACUUAUUUGAAAAACAUAUUUUUGUAAUAAUUUAUAAGAAUCUUGACAUUUACAAAUUUAUUACUUUACUCCGAAGUAUGAAUUGCAUUUUAAUGAUAGAAUAUAUUACAAGAUUUAAACCCA